CCUAUACUAUCAAUUAAGAUUCACCACUCACCAUAGGAGACUAGGAGUACAUAGUCAUUCAGUCCUUUCUGAAGUUAAAUUGGAUAAGAUGAAAAAGUUUAACUGAAAAAAUAAGAUGAAUGAGCUGUAGACGAAUUGUGUAUGAAAAAAUAUAUUUUAUAUAUUGUAUGAAAAAAUCUAUUUUAUAUAUUGUAUGAAAAAAUCUAUUUUAUAUACAUGUUUUUGCAUAAUAGUAGAUAUCGAAAUUUUUAUUUGAGCGACAUGUUAAUUAUGUCAUUAUUUUCAAAUUUCAAAUGGUAUGAUUGUAGAAAAGUUAUUGAUGAUUAAUGUUUCAUUCUACCAUAUUUUAGUCCUUACUCUAACUAGAAAACUUAGCAACAUACAGGUUUUAAUGCUUUUUAAAUUUCACAAAAUCAUCUGACACAAUUAGUUAAAGGAUAUUUCAGCUGUAGUUAAAACAUUCAGGCAGCAUUGCUUGUGUAGUUUUCAUUAUAAAUUUUCCAAUAAUAUCUGGGAAUAAGAAGAUACGAAUCUACAUUUCAAUUUAUAGUUUUUUAAUAUUUUGGUAGAAAAGUAAAAAUUUUAUCCAAAAAUAAAAAAUAAAACAAAAAUUGUGGAAGCCUUGUUGGACAAUCUUCCGGAAACGAUAUCAGCUACCAUUAACCAUGUACAGUUAUUUUACCAAUUGCUAUAUUGCUAACAAAAGAACAUAACCAAAAAAGAAGUGAAAAUCAUAUGAAUGCAAAUAAAGUAAUAUAGAAAGUUUUAUUUUUUUGCUAAAAUAGUAUAGAAAGUUAUUGGCCGAUAGUUUCUUCAAACAAGCAUUUCUGUUUAUCUUGUGUGCUUGAUUUGUUGGCUUAAUCAUUGAUACUCAACCCAUUAGCCAUUACAUGCAUCUUUACUUAAGCAUGACCAUGGACUAUGAUUUGAAGCAGUACCAUUCUUUCAUUUAAUAUUUAAAUUGUUUAGGAUUUAGUAGAGGAGUGUAUACUGUAUAUUGAAAUAUAAUAUUUAUUAGUAUACACAUAUCUAGCGAGAGCAAACAAGUAUGUGGCGGCUACAUCUACAUGCCCUGGCUGCAUUGAAAUAAAAUAUCUAUUACAGUACGUUACACCUAGCAUAUAAAUCAAGUCAACACAAAAUUAAAUGCAAGACUUAACGUGUACGUGCUUAAUAACGCCCAUAACAGUUCGCGUAGGGCCAUAUAUAGUUUAAUCAUCAUAAUCCAGAUCUUCCUAUCGGAAGAACAAUUAUAGUUAAACUCUAUAUGCAUUAUUAUAUUAGUUAAAACUAACAAGAUAAUGAGUUAAAGAUGCAUCACAUAUCUGUUUGUGACCAAAGCAUGAACAACUAAAUCAGUACGUAACCUUUUGUCAACCAUCAGAUAAUACACCGUACAUGAUAUACACGUGGUAUAAUAGAAAUUGCGUGAUAUUUACAUUACAUGUAAAAACAAAUGAAUGAUUGCGUAGGCAAAAAGGCUGCUAAGUAGAGAGAGAGAGAGAGUAAACGUUUGCUUCCCGCGUUAUACAAUGCCCUAAUACUCAUCAUCAUCAUGCGUGCAAGCUAUUUUUCAUUUCCUUUAACGAUUCUCAUUCUUACUCUCUUCAAGCUUCUUCUUUCUUCUUUCUUAAUUAUUUUCUCCUUUUUUCCCGGAAAAUUCUCUCUGUUGUUGUUCUCUCCUGAUAAGCCCGACCAAGUUUAUCCUCUUUCUCACUAAUCAUUUCUCUUACAACUUCUUUCAAUCUCCCUUUAAAACCUAACCUUUUGUUUCAGUUUACAGAUUCUUCAAUCUUUGUACGUUCAUUUCCAUGUUAAAGAACUUCUUUAUUCAUAUUUUCAGAUAAUUAUUUGAGUUCCAAGAAGAAGAAGAUGGGAAACCAAACAAGCAAGAAGUCACAUGAGACAUCGUCUAAGACCACAACGACGAGCAUGCACUACACAACGGAGCUGAGAUCAUACGAGGCUGCUUGUAAAGCAGACACGGAGCUACAGUCUUUCGACACGUGUAUGCAGGCACGGACAAGUCACGUGAUAAGCACGCUAGCUACGGGUGUUGAGGUUCGAGCGCUCUCGUUCGAUUCCCUCAAAGAAGUGACCGAGUGUUUGCUUGAGAUGAAUCAAGAAGUGGUGAAAGUGAUAUUGGAUUGUAAGAAAGAUAUAUGGAAGAAUCAAGAACUGUUUGAACUCGUUGAAGAUUACUUUGAGAAUAGCUUGAAGACCCUUGACUUCUGUGCUGCUUUGGAGAAAGGUUUGAGAAAGGCACGUGAUAGUCAGCUUUUGAUUCUUGUUGCUCUUCAGCAGUUUGAAGACGAGAGCCUCGUUGAAGGUGGGAAUGGAUACGAGAAAACACUUGAAGAGCUGAAGAAUUUCAAAGAGGCAGAGUCACCUUUCGACGAAGACUUCUUCAAGAUGUUCCAAUCUGUUUACAAGCACCAGAUGCUGAUGCUUGAGAAGCUACAACAUCGCAAGAACAAGCUUGACAAGAAGCUCAAGUCCAUCCACACAUGGAGAAAACUCUCCAGCAUCAUCUUCGUGGCUACAUUCGCCACUGUACUCAUCUGCUCAGUCGUGGCUGCGGCCAUGGCGGCUCCUCCCGUGGCUGCGGCUCUGGCUGCAGCUACAGCUAUACCGCUGGGAUCAAUGGGGAAAUGGGUUGACUCUCUGUGGAAAAACUAUGAAAAUGCACUCAAGGGACAGAAAGAAGUGAUCAGUUCCAUGCAGGCAGGGACAUUUGUCGCGGUCAAGGACUUGGAUAACAUCAGGAUUCUGAUUGAACGGCUGGAGAUUGAGAUCAAGGGGAUGGUGAUGUGUGCGGAGUUCGCGGUGGAGCAUGAAGCUGUGAGGAUUGGGAUUGCUGAGAUUAAGAAGAAGCUGGAGGUGUUUAAGAAGUGUGUAGAGGAGUUGGGGGUUCAAGCUGAUUUGUGUAGCAGAGAUAUAAGAAGGGCAAGGACUGUGAUACUGCAGAGGAUCAUCAAGCAUCCCAACCAUGGUAGUAGCAGCACCUGAAAAACAUACAAGGAAACACAAAGGAACUAUCAUUUCUUAUUCUUCAGCUUUGUGCUGCAAAUAAUAAAAUGUUUGAAAACUCUCUAUAAAGAACAGUACAGAUUCUUUCUUGAGUUUAUUCUCAAUGUUUAAUUACUAAACUGCUGCAUUUCUGUAUUCUUUGAUGAUUGAAAACAAUGAAAUAUAAGUAUUUUUUUUUAA